AUGGCUCUUGCAGAAACUGUUAUUAGAAAAGUCAAGAAACUUGGCCUUGUGCCAAAGGCAAUUGCCAUUCUUCCAAGGUUGUCUUUAUUAGUGGCAGCACUCAGUGUGUUAUGGUUGGUUACGUUACCACAAGAUGGGAAUUACCGUAAUGUUUACAUUUCAGAGAACGCGUUAAUGCCAGCGCAGGCCAAUUCGUAUUUUAGGGAGAGCGAAUGGAAUAUUGUUCGCGGGUAUAGAGAGGAGAUUGGGAAGAUGGAAGAGUGGAGUGUGGCCGACCGUAAUGAGGUGAUUGCGUCGUGGCUUGUUGAUUCGGGGCUACAAAUUUCGUACCAUGAAAAUGGGUUCGCCAACAAUACUUUGUAUGCGAUUAUGCAUGCUCCACGAGGUGAAAAUACCGAGGCAAUGGCGUUGGUUGUGCCAUGGACUAAUUCUGACAACGAGUACAAUGAAGGUGCUAUGAGUUUGGCGGUGGCUUUGGCACGGUACUUUACAAAGAUGUCGAUCUGGUCGAAAAACAUUAUUUUUGUAUUUCCUGAGACGGGCCACAGACCGUUGAGGUCGUGGGUUGAGGCAUACCAUACGGUGUUGGACGAUACUGCGGGGUCGAUUGAGGCGGCGAUUAUUAUGGAGUACGGCAAGAACGGUGAUUAUUUUGAGUAUUACGAUAUGUUCUACGAAGGGUUGAAUGGGCAGUUGCCGAAUUUGGACUUGUUGAAUACGGCCAAUGUAAUGACGUAUCAUGAACAGAUCCCCUGUGCCAUGCAAGGGAUGUCGGAUAGGGUUAUCAAUUAUAGCACCCGGUUGCAGACUUUGUUUAGGGGUAUCCUCAAAUUGACGCUUGUCGGGUUGACUGAUGAAGUUCAUGGGUGUGAAGCAUUUUCGGGGUGGCAGAUCCAGGCAUUUACGAUCAAGGUAAGGGGGACUGAAGGGAAAGAUGUUACGCAGUUUGGCCGGAUUGUCGAUUCUACGUUUAGGUCGGUUAACAAUUUGCUUGAAAAGUUUCACCAAUCGUUUUUCUUUUACUUGAUGUUGUCGCCAAAACACUUUGUGUCUAUUGGGACGUACUUGCCGUCGGCGAUUUUGUUGGCAGUAUCGUAUGCGUUGAGCUCUGUCAGUGCGGUGGUGGUUGCCGGGUUUGAUUUUCGAAAGCUAUAUUUUGUGGUGGUGGUUGAAAUUGCGUGUGCUAUUUUGGCGUUUGUGCCGGUGAACCAGGUGAUGCUUGUAGCGAUUCUGGCGGUGGUGUUGUUGCCGCGCCAAGCCAUCUUUUCCAAGCAGGCGGCGUUUUCGCUAAUUUCUAUUGCGUUGUUGGCAGUGGCAUUACUUAUUACCGCCCUCUUGAUUGUACAUUUUGCAUUGGCGUUUAGUAUUGGGAUUUUAGCCCUUCCAUUGACAUUUGUCCCGACAUUAAUGAAGAACAAGUCUAGGCUAACAGCUUUUUGUUUGGCGGUGUCGAAUCCGUUUUUUGUGAUUUUCGUUGCUGGGAAAGUGCUUGGCCACCCCGAGCUAUUUGACCGGUUGGUCACUGCCUGGUCGGACAUACAGUGUUGGACAUGGUUUAUCGUUGUUUUGGGGUGGUUCCCAGCGUGGGUGAUUAUCACACUAAGCUACUGUGGCUACAAGCCAGUUAAGGAAAAAAGUGAAUAG